UUCUUGUCAUGACUUUUCCAUUUCUCCGGUUUAAAACUUCUCAGAACAAGUCCAGCUCGGUUUAUCAUGUUUUUCCCGAACCAAUUGGCGUCUUGCAUUUUUGAUUCAGCGCCUUGAAUAUACCAGAGUUUUAUCGAUCAUCAAGUGAUCGCAAUUAAUGCCUAUCUAAACGCGCUCACAGGACGGCUAGAUCCAAUGUGCAGUGUGCAUGACACGCCUCCAGGCAAGAUCUUCCCGUCUCCUAUAUAACAUCAUGGUCCCUGGCUGAAAGCGCUUCCUGCCUUCCCAGCUCCCGUUCUUGUUCCUCAUGCAGUUUCUCGCGAUCCUGUGGCCCAUCCUCCUGGGGACUUUGUUCACGACUGUCCAGGGGGAAACAAAGAAUUCGAAGAGGGACAAUGGCCAGACCAAUAUCUCUCAGUUUGUGUCGACGAGGAACGGUCAAUUCAUAGUCAAUGGCAGCGAGUUCAAGUUCGUCGGAGUCAACGCUCCGUGGCUUCCGACUCUUAUUACCAAGGAGGAUAUCAAGAACACCUUGUGCAACAUGUCGGAGGCCGGAAUCAAAGUCGUCAGGACGUGGGGCUUUAAUGACGUUACGGAGAUCCCCGAAAACAAGAAUCAGACAUGGUUCCAACUCAUAAACAAGAACGGGACUGUAAUGAUUAAUAAUGGCACGAAUGGACUCCAGAAACUCGACUUCGUACUUGAAGCCGCGCACGAAUGCAAUAUGCUUGUCAUCCUCUCACUUACGAACAACUGGAAUCCAGUCGCGAACUCAAGCACAAAUGAUACGCGGCCGAGGAACACCCUUAGUAACGACUUUGGCGGUAUGGACACCUACGUACGGCAGUUUGGUGGAUGCAAGCACGAUGAAUUCUACACCAACCAGACCCUGAUUAAUGCGUUCGAGAACUACACUACCCAGAUCGUGACUCGUUAUGUGAACAAUCCGACGGUAUUCUCCUGGGAGAUCGCCAAUGAUGCAAGAUGCAAUUCAUCCGUUGCAGCGAGCCCUUCUUGCACUCCUCAGACGGUAACGGCAUGGCAUUCAACAAUCGCCCAGCAUAUCAAGACUAUUGAUAGUAAUCAUAUCGUCUCCUCUGGUAAUCAAGGAUUCCUCUGUAUUGGUUGUCCAAAGCUCUUCCCUUUAAGGCCCACACCGCCUGCACCACAGGUAUCGGCAGUUCCGGGCCAGCGACGCGCGACCAAGCCCCAACUUCUCACCAAGCGUAAACUUAUUAUGCGCAGGGAGGAGAGGCGAAGAAAGAAUCGCGCUCUGGCAGGUGGAGAGGCGUCAGGUGUCCGGGUCCGAGGUCGAUGGGUUGCUAGUCGAACCCGGCGUCAAGAAGAAAACGAGAUGGGAAGCGCCUUUGAUGGGUCUGCAGGUGUCGAUACCGAAGAUAUCUUGAACAUUCCCGAGAUCGGAUACAGCUCAUUCCAAUUAUUCCCUGACCAGAACACUUAUACAAAUGGUGCCGCUGACUCAGGCUUGUCAGGUUUCCAGAGUGUAUUACAGGAGGGCUUGGAUUGGAUUCAAAUCCAAGCCGAGCUGAGUGCCACGUUUGGGAAGCCAAUAGCCCUUACAGCAUUCGGUUUGGUGUCGCAAGAACAUGCUCCCGACUUCGUUCCGUUCAAUACCACCGUGGCACCAUUUGCUGCUGACUCUACAGCGUCAACCACUAGCAAUCAAACGAGCAACUCAACCUUUGGUGUUACCAAUUCAGAACGUACCCAGGCGUAUUCCGCUUGGCUCGAUGGUAAGAGUCACUUCGAAUUUAUGCGCACUGGUGUUUCAACGGUCCUUCUAGCUGGUAUAUCCAGUGGUUUGGCGGGUAUCAUGCAAUACCAGUGGGGUGUCUCUAACGUCACCGCUGCAGCGGGAACUUCGUUCUCUCCGAACGAGAAUUCCACUUCGUCGAGCCCUGAUGAAACUGGGACGUCCAGCUCCCCUGAUGAUGGAUACAGCAUCAUUGACUCUAACACGGAGGACACUGAAUCGGUUAUCUCCGCAGCUUCUCAGCAAAUUGCAGCCGAUUGAACGAUUUAAAUAAACGAUUCUUCUUGUACAAUGAUAUUUGAAAAGUCAUUGGACUAAAGACUAAAGACUCUUAUGUAUAACGCUAUUUCCAUGUUGUUUAUGAUACAUCUCGUAGAGAUGAGAUUGUUUUCAGGACCUUUCACUUCAAUGCAACGUCUUUAAUAAUGCCGCUUUAUCUUGUAAAUUCAAGAACUAGCAGAUUUCUUGGUGUCCAAACGCUAGACUGAGUUUAUUGCCUCAAAGCCACCUCAUCCACAC